UCAAUGAACUUGGGAGGUUUAGCAUCCGAGCCAACAAUGAUGCCUAUGAGAUUGUAAGUGCAUAGUAAUGGCAGAAACUGAGCCAUCCGUGCCAAAUAAUUGGUACCAUCGAGUUUGGAUGACACCAAUCGGGUAGUGUUUGGUAAAGAAAGGGUGGUAGCGGCCGUUAGCAUACACAAAUGACAUAAUGUUCACAAAAUAACUUAACUAAAAAAAAAUUAUGGUUAAAUGAAGAAAUCAAUACCUUGAUUUCCUCUUUUUAAAGCGAGACGUUAAUCUUAACUGAACUCUGUAAAACUAGAUAAAUACAUGUCAUACAUGCAAACGAACAAGGAAAAAUAAUAAAUGGACGGUAAAUAUGGGCUUAAAUUAUAGACUAAGUAAAGUAGGCCCAAAAGCCUGAUCUUGAUUCUCUAACCCUAUUAAACCAAAUCACUAAUUUAAGCCCAUAGUCCACCUAUCUCAAAAUUAGCCUAAUCAGCAAAAAAAAGAAAAAAAAAUCAAAUACCUCUGCUCAACUUUGCUCUCCGUAACCUCUGUUUCAUCUCCUGUCAAAGGCAACCGCCAUACCUCCCAUCGGCGACCUCUUCUUCGAUCCGGACUACAUCAGUCGCAGUCUCGACUCUGACUACUGUCAACGGACUAUAGAGCCAACGCCGGUAUCGUUCCAGGCUUCGUCUCGUUCCCGCGACAGGCAGGUGGCUGCUAGGUUCUCAAAGAACUGUCUUCAAUCCCUUGAAGAGAGAUAUUUUAAGGAGUUUUCUGUGACCACCCUUUGAAUGAAGAAUGAGAAAGCUUUGUGAUUCUCUCCAAUCCCUUGGAGAGGUGGCUGCUAGAGGUGAGGUGCUGGCAAAGGGCAAAGGACAAAGGUGGCAUUAUGGUGCUAAUGUUGGACUCUUGUGUGAAUAAGCAUUGUACUCUUGAUACCAUGUUUUUUGGAUAAGGUUUUGAUUCCUACAGCUCUCAGGUUCCCCUAGAGUUUAGUCUCUGGUGAUAUGGCUGGCAUAUUUGACGACGAGCUUUACCAGACCUUGACAAUCUAUGAGUAUAUCGAUAAGGUCGAUGCAGAGGAGUUGGAAGCUGAUUUAGUUUUAGGAGGAGAUGAAGGCAAGGAGUGUACCUAUGCCAUGGGUUAUAUGAAGAGACAGGCAAUUUUCUCAUGUAUGACAUGCACACCAGAUGGCAAUGCUGGAAUGUGCACUGCUUGCAGCUUGUCUUGUCAUGAUGGCCACGAGAUUGUGGAGCUGUGGACAAAGAGAAGAUUUCGCUGUGACUGUGGAAAUUCAAAAUUUGGGGAGUUUUCCUGCAAGCUUUUUGCAAAUAAGGAUGUGGAAAAUGCUCAUAAUUCAUAUAAUCACAACUUCAAAGGUCUGUACUGUACUUGUGAUCGGCCCUACCCUGAUCCAGAUGUUAAUGAACAAGUAGAGAUGAUACAAUGCUGUAUCUGUGAGGACUGGUUCCAUGAGGUGCAUCUUGGUCUUCAUUCUCUUCACGAGAUUCCUAGAGAUGAGGAAGGAGAGCCAAUAUACGAGGAUUUUAUUUGCAAGUCAUGUUCUGCCGCUUGUUCUUUUCUGACUCUAUAUCCUCAAACAAUAUGGGUGAAGGGAGAGCAACAUGAUGCUGCUGCCGAUGAGGUUACUUCCAGUACUAGUGAGGGGAAAAAUGUAUUGGAGGAUAUUUCGUCAGCUGAGGAAUCUAGGAAGCUUGAGAAAGCUCGUGGUUCUCGUAAUUCUCCUAAUAGCAAUAAUCUUAUAUCCAUGUCUGAGCCUGUGUCUGCUGGGAAGGAGGUUGUUAUUGGAGAAAGCUCUAAGAUCAUUGAUACAAGCCAAUGCACAAAAAACGUUACUCCAAGUGGUCCUUGUCUUCUUGGAGUGGAUGUGGCAGUUGUUUGCCCUGUUUCUGAAGGUAAACCACUUUUUCUCUCCAAAAACUGGAGGGAGUCCCUCUGCAGAUGUGAAAUGUGUGUUGAUAUGUACAACCAAAGGGGUAUCAGUUAUCUGCUUGACAAGGAGGACUCAAUAGCGGAGUAUGAAAAAACGGCAACACAAAAAAGGGAAGAGAAGUUGCAGCAACGGGAGGGUGCUGAGGUUAAUUUCUUUAACAAACUUGGUCAUGUGGAGAAAAUGCAGAUCCUGAGCGGCAUUGCAGACUUCAAGGAUGAGUUUCGUUCUUUCCUGGAGAAUUUUGACUCAUCUAAGCCCAUCACCUCUGAUGAUGUUCUCCAGAUUUUUGAGAAUCUAAGAAAGAAACGCCAGCGCGUGCAGUGAGUUUCUAUUGCAUCUUUACUGCAAUUGCACUGCAUUUGUUGAAAAUAGCCUCCUGUGGUGGGUCUGAUGCUUUGUUUAAAAAUGGUUGACAUAUAAACACUUGCGAAGCUUUUAGCUGUUUUUUAAGUUACAACUCCUCUCUAGUAUGAACGACAGUUUUCUAGAGUUGCUUGUAAUCUAAAUUGCAGACUUAACUUGGAUUCUCCUAUAGUCCUAUUUCUAUACUGGCAGUCCAGUAUCCGUAUGGUCAGUUGAUUUACUUGUUCAGUUGUAUUUGUUCCCUGUUUAGCUUCCCUUAGGGGAGAUUUUUUUCUGAAUGCAACACACACCCCUUUGCAUAAA